AGUCCAUUGCCCAAAAAUUCAAAAGGCCAGAGUCCUCACCGCCAGUGUGGAAGCUUCUUGGACGAGAGAGACAGAGGUGCCACUUGCCAACCGUCCAGCUGUCACCACCGCCACUCCGGUCAACCCCACCACCACCACCGCACCGCCGUUCUAAUGCUGCAGCUGACUUCAAACUCACCUUUCCACCACCCUUAACCUCCAGUCAACGGUCGACUUUCUGUGGGGCAGCCCAACGAGUUGAUGAUGAUGGUGUUGCGGGUUAUGAUUCUGAAAAACGCACCACCACCAUUGUGUUGACGGCAACCCAGCUUCCCCGACACGACAUAGGUAUAGGAAGAGGAAGGAGGAGGGGGAAGAAGAAGGAAGAUUUUUGUAAACUUCGACUAAAAGCAGAGAAUCUCUCCCAAGAAGUUUCCUCCUUUUUUUCUCUCUUUUCCUGCUCAGGCACUGGGAGCCUUCAAUUUUCCGACAAGGGGGUUGUUCAUGCUUUCAUCACUUCUGCGAAACUAAAGCGUGCCAAAUUUGGUGGUAAAAGUCCGACCUUAGGUUGGUAGAGGUCAUUUAUUUGGAGAAACAUGAUCAGUGGACCAGCUACUAAAAUUCGACUGGUUAGAUGUCCCAAAUGCUGGAAGCUUCUUCCAGAGGUGGCAGGAAUUCCUCUAUACCAGUGUGGUGGAUGUGGCGUGUUUCUACGAGCCAAAAAUCAUGGAAACAGCACCAAAACUACCCCUUCAGGCUCACAUGAAACAGGUUCUGUUCAGAGGAAUGAACUGGUGCAUGUUUCUGAAAAUGAAGAAUCUAGUAGCUCGAGUCGAGAGGCAAUUCCCUCUUCCACAGGAGAAUGUUCUUUGAACAAAGAAAAUGGGAGGGAUGAUCUUGGGGAUUGUCGUACAGAGCAGCCUGAAGUGAACUUCUCAAAUGGGGUUUCUUCAACAACAAAGCAGCCUGAAGAUGCAAACUUCUCAGAUAAAGUUCCUUCAUCAAUAAACCUCUCGAAUGAAGUUUCAUCACUAAUGAAGCACUUUGAAGAUGUAAACAUCUCAGAUGAAGGUUCAUCAUCCAAAGUGCAGCCUGAAGAGGUGAACUUCUCGAAUGAAGUUUCAUCACCCAUGGAGCAGCCUGAAGAUGCAAACAUCUCAGAUGAAGGUUCAUCAUCCAAAGUGCAGCCUGAAGAUGUGAACUUCUCGAAUGAAGUUUCAUCACCCAUGGUGCAGCCUGAAGAUGUAAACAUCUCAAAUGAAGGUUCAUCAUCCAAUGUGCAUCCUGAAGAUGUGAACUCCUCAAAUGAAGUUUCAUCACCCAUGGAGCAGCAACCUGAAGAUGUAAACAUCUCAAACGAAGGUUCAUCAUCCAAUGUGCAGCCUAAAGAUGUGAACUUCUCAAAUGAAGUUUCAUCACCCAUGGAGCAGCAGCCUGAAGAUGUAAACAUCUCAAAUGAAGGUUCAUCAUCCAAUGUGCAGCCUGAAGAUGUGAACAUCUCAAAUGAAGUUUCAUCACCCACGGAGCAGCAGCCUGAAGAUGUAAACAUCUCAAAUGAAGGUUCAUCACCCAAUGUGCAGCCUGAAGAUGCGAACUUCUCAAAUGAAGUUUCAUCACCCAUGGAGCAGCCUGAAGAUGUAAACAUCUCAAAUGAAGGUUCAUCAUCCAAUGUGCAGCCUGAAGAUGUGAACAUCUCAAAUGAAGUUUCAUCACCCACGGAGCAGCAGCCUGAAGAUGUAAACAUCUCAAAUGAAGGUUCAUCACCCAAUGUGCAGCCUGAAGAUGCGAACUUCUCAAAUGAAGUUUCAUCACCCAUGGAGCAGCCUGAAGAUGUAAACAUCUCAAAUGAAGGUUCAUCAUCCAAUGUGCAGCCUGAAGAUAUAAACAUCUCAAAUGAAGGUUCAUCAUCCAAUGUGCGGCCGGAAGAUGUCAACUUCUCGAAUGAAGUUUCUGCGUUGGUGGAGCAACCUGAAGAUGUGAACUUUUCUAAUCAAGUUUCUUCACUGAUGGAGCAGCCAGCAGACGUAUUCUCAAAUGAAGUUUCUUUGCCGAGAGAGCAGCCAGAAGACGUAAACUUCUCAAAUGAAGCUGUUUCAUCAGUGGAGCAGCCUGAAGAUGUAGACUACUUGGAUGAAGUUUUAUCACCAAAGGAGCAGUCUGAAGAUGUGGACUUCUUGGAUGAAGUUUCAUCACCAAAGGAGCAGCCUAAAGAUAUAAACUUCUCGAAUGAAGUUUCUUCAUCAAAGCAGCAGCCUGACAAUUUGAACUUCUUGAAUGAAGUUUCUUUGUCAACGGAGAAGCCUGAAGAUGUGAGCUUCUUGAAUGAAGUUUCUUCGUCAACUGAGCUUAUGUGUCAUGAGAAUGAAGAGCCACAACCCAUAGUUGGAGCAAAUACAGUAUAUGAAGAUGAUGAGGGUGGUUUUUACUCCAGAAGCUUGAGUUCUGACAGCCUCCUGGCUUCAAGAGAAAGGAGUUCAGAAGUUACAGCUCAGAGGCUAACUGGGGAAUGUAUGAAACAGGAUACUCCCAUGUCUCACUCCAAUGAACAACCAGAGCAGUCUGACGAUGAUGUUCUCCAUGGAUAUAUGUAUAGAUCUCCAACAGCCAGAAGUUUCUAUGGAUAUGAUGGUAGUGUCUCUUCUUAUGAUGGAACUGAUGAUCAAGUCCUUGACCGAUCUCUGCACCAACCCAACAGAACUUUCAAGGCUAGAGAAUUUGUUGGUCCUGAAGAAAGAUCCAGAGGUAAAUUUCUGGUGAAUAGCAACCUAGAAAUGCAACGUCAAACGAGGAAUGCCUCAUCAAUUUUAUCGGGUAAGGAGCAUUACCCUAAGAAAUACGGCAAGUGGAAUAGAGAUGACUUUCCGGAAUCCACAAGAUAUGACCAGCCAGUCAGAAACUGGAUGAGAUUGGAAAGAGGGGAAUUUCCAUCUAGAUUGCCCUUCUAUGGAAGGGAUUUCCCUGCUGGCUAUGAAAAUGACAUCCCUUCGAGUCCUGGACAUCCUGACUACCAACACAGUUCGAGCUUUCAUUCGCCUGACAUGCCUGAGCGCCAUGAACAGGAGAGGAUAAAAUUGUUGAAAAUGUUGUGUGAAUUGCAAGAUCAGAUCAACAAAAAGCACAAUGGAAGGGAUCCCACCAGAGUCGGUUGGAAGGGGAAGCAUAUUGCAAAGUCCUAUAAUCAUGAAGCAUCUGAGGAGGAAAUUUUCAAUGAUUUAAACUAUCCUAGGUAUCCUGACCAAUAUAGGACUGGAAGAAACUGGCCCCAACAUCGUAAGUUCUCGCGAAUGGCUUUCUCAGGAGAGGCCCCAAACAGUAGACGCCAGGCUGAUUAUUCCUGCUUGCAUUGUUGUCCCCAAGACAGGUGGUACUCAGCACAACUACGUCCACCUGUUCCAUGUUGUGAAAAUGGACUACAUGGGGCCCGCCCUGGUCACAGAUGUUAUCAUCACUGCACCUCUACUCACUCAAGUCCCCUACAGUGUAUGGACUCUGAGAUCCCCAUAUGGACCCAUGGUGCAAAGUCUGAAGACCAGGGUCAUAAAAAUCACGAGGCGAAGUUGUAUUGGAAGGAGAAACCUCACCAGGUGAAGCGACAUAUCCAGCCCAUAGCAGGUGGAGCUCCUUUCCUAACUUGCUAUCAUUGUUCACAUCUGCUGCAGCUACCUGCAGAUUUUCUCCUCUUUAAGAGGAGGUGCCAUGGGCUCAGAUGUGGUGCUUGUUAUGAGCUCCUUAAGUUUUCAGUUGAGAACAGAACUCAUAUAGUUCAAUAUACGCCAAAUGCUGUAGACCCUCGGCCUCCUCCCCCCAGUGAGGUUGAUGAUGUCAGCAGGACUCUCAAUAGUGUAGGUUUGCCAUCAACUGCUCUUGUCAGUGAUUGUUCACCUGCAUACCCGGUGUCAUGUUCUGAUGAUUAUGGACUCUCUUUCUGUAAAAGCUUCUCUACUGAAGGUGAGACUGCUUUCAUCACACCUCCAUUUGGGCCUAUGGGUGAAAGAAAUAAGAAGCUCAUCUUGAAAAAGUCUCAAAACAAGUACAAGGAACCAGUGGAAACGUACAAAUCAAUUGGGUCAUCCUCCAAUAUGUCUAAACCUGAGAAAUCAUCCACAGAAAUUGAGGAACUGCCUCCAACAGCAGGUUCCCCACUUUAUCGGCUCAUGGAUUAUUCUUCACCAAGUGCAAUGAUAUAUGGGUCUGGCAUGGAUACAGACUGAUAUUAUCAAGAGAAAAGCCUGAGUUGAAGGACUUGACAUGUUAAAAGGACUCCUUGAUAAGGCCUUCUGGCUUUACAGAAGAAUACGAAAUGCAUAGAUGAUAGACUCUUGGGGCUUUAAAAAGGAAAACAUACAAUGAUUCAUGGUUUUGGAGUCUAGUGAGAGGAGUUCAAGGAACAAGGUUUGAUCAGAGUGAAAAGAUUUUGGGAAUUUGAGAUUUGGCAAUCAGAAAGUUGAUUUGUUCCCCCCUUACUUGCAAGUGAUUCGAUGCAUCUAAGAUUAUCCACAAAGAAAAUAUAUAUAUUUUUUCUUUUUGUUUAUUCUUCAUACUCUGCAUGUACACUUGGUUGCUGUUUGUACAGAUAUUAACUCAGAAAGAUUCCUAUUUGAUUUGUUCUGUUGGUAUAGUUGUUCCAAUUUUGGUAUUCA